AAAACUAGAAUACCCACAACAUCCAAGAGGCCCAAACCUUAGGUUUUUUGAUAUGGGUGAAGAUGGAAUGAAGGCAAAAACAGGGUUGGUGGCAGAUCUUGGUGUGGUAGUUUUGGAGAAAAUGGAGGUUGGAGAAGGGCAAUUGGAGAAAAUGGAGGUUGGAGAAAAUGGAGGUUGGUGCCAUUUUGGAGAAAAUGGAGGUCAGGGAAGGGCAAUCGUAGAAAAUGGAGGUCGAUGCAAUUUUGAUCUUGGGUUCCACGCCAUAGCCACAGACUAAGAAUUUUGAAGGAGAGUAAACGAGCUAAAGAAGAAAGGAAAGGAGAGAGAGAAGAAAGGAAAGGAGAGAGAGAAGAAAAGGCUAGGUGGAAUAUUGUUCCUAAUUCAUGGUUUUUGAAUUGAUUAAGUUUCUCAUUUUGUUUUAUCUUUUGGUCAUUUGUAACGUUUUUUUUCCACUUAAAUUCAAACUUAUCUUGUAAUUUUUUUGUAAGCGCUAAUAAUUGUUGAAAUUUUCAUAAUUUUUGAAAGGUAUGUUGUUGGAUUUUAUGAAUUUGAUUGAAUUUUUACAUUUAAUUUUUAGUUUAUUUACUUGUUGAUUAUUCUUUCAAUUUCAUUAUAUAUAUAAAUGAAUUAAUUUUAUUUUA